AUGCUGGAGGUCUCGCCCAACACCCGCGGCAUCCAGGAGGCUUCCCGCCUGUCUGAGGACCUGAUCAUCGGCGCCGCCGUGGUGCUGCUGCGCGAGCACGGCCUGUUUGAUGCCAAGCAGAUCCUGGCCCGCGACCUGUCCGUCCUGGUGCCCGCCGCCAAGACCGCCCAGGCCAACUGGGCUAGGGAGGAGGCUGAGCGCCAGGCUGAGCUGGCUGAGGCUGAGGCCCGCGCUGCGGCCGAGGCCGCCGGCGAGGAGUACAUCCCCGGCACCGCCGCGGCUGCGUACUCUGCGCCCGAGCCCGCGUACUCGGCGCCCAGCUACAGCGCGCCCAGCUACGCUGCCCCCGCCCCCAGGGCGGCGCCGGCCGCCGUCGGCCCGGUUGCCCGCGUGCUCGCGGCGAUCAAGGACAGCCCCCUGAUGCUGGAGCUGCCCGCCAACGCCCGCGGCCUCGACGCGGUCGCCAAGCUGGACGACCCCAUGAUCAACGCGGCCUGCGUGCUGCUGAUGCGCGUGGAGGGCAUGUUCGAUGCCAAGGAGAUCCUGCGCAACGACGUCUCGAUCCUGCUGGAUGUGGCCAAGGAGGUGGAGCGCAUCGAGGCCGAGGAGGCCGCCGCCCGCGCUGCCGAGCUGGCCGAGGAGGAGGCCCGCCUGGCUGCCGAGGCCGCCGGCGAGGAGUACGUCCCCGGCUCCGCCACCGCGUCGUACUCGGCGCCCGCGGCGACCGCCUACGAGCCCGCGUACGCCGCGGCCGCGGCCGUCGCGUCCGCGGUCGGCGAGACCGCGCGCGUGCUGGACGCCCUCAGGCGCAGCCCCCUCAGCCUGGAUCUGCCCGCCAACGCCCGCGGCCUGUCCACCCUCUCUUCCCUGUCCGACGAGCUGAUCAUCGCCUCCACCGUGCUGCUGAUGCGCGUGGAGGGCAUGUUCGACGCCAAGGAGAUGAUCAGGGAGGACGCCUCGAUCCUGAUCGACGUGUCCAAGGAGGUUGAGCGCAUCGAGGCCGAGGAGGCCGCCAUCCGCGCCGCCGAGCUGGCUGAGGAGGAGGCCCGCCUGGCCGCCGAGGCCGCCGGCGAGGAGUACGUCCCCGGCUCCGCCGCCGCCGCGCCCGCGUACGCCGCGCCCGCGUACGCCGCGCCCAGCUACAGCGCGCCCAGCUACUCCGCCCCCGCCCCCAAGGCGGCGACCGGCGCGGAGGCGCGUGUGCUGGCUGCCAUCAAGAGCAGCCCCCUGAUGCUGGAGCUCGGCCCGGGUGCGCCCGGCGUGGCGGCGCUGGCCAAGCUGGACGACGCCAUGAUCAACGCGGCCUGCGUGCUGCUGAUGCGCGUGGAGGGCUUUGGUGACGCCAAGGCCCUGAUCCAGCAGGACGCCUCGAUCCUGAUCGACGUGGCCAAGGAGGUUGAGCGCAUCGAGGCCGAGGAGGCCGCCGAGCGCGCCGCCGAGCUCCGCGCCGCCGCCGAGGCCGAGGCCGCCGAGGCCGGCGCCGCGCUCGCCGCGGAGACGCAGUACUCUGCCACGCCCGCCUACAGCGCCCCCGCCCGCGCGGCCCCGGCCAUCGGGGACGAGGCUCGCGUGAUCGACGCGAUCAAGCGCAGCCCCCUGAUGCUGGAGCUCGCCCCCGGCGCGCGCGGCCUCAAGGCCGUGUCGUCGCUCGACGAUGCGUUGAUCGUCGCGUCGUGCGUGCUGCUGAUGCGUGUGGAGGGCCUCUUUGACGCAAAGGAGCUGGUCAGGAGCGACGCCUCGAUCCUGAUCGACGUGUCGAAGGAGGUCGCCCGCAUCGAGGCCGAGGAGGCCGCUGCCCGCGCCGCUGAGGAGGCUGCCGCCGCCGCCCUGGCCGAGGCCGAGGCCGCCGGCGAGGCCGUCAGCAGCGACGAGGACGUGGCGCACGUGGUGGACGCCAUCAAGCGCAGCCCCCUGAUGAUGGACGUCCCCAGCACCACCGCGGGCCUGGCUGCCGUCGCUGGACUGCACGAUGACGACAUCGUGGACGCCGUCCUGGUGGUGGUGCGUGAGCACGGCCUGCUGGACGCCAAGGACCUCAUCCGCCAGGACGCCUCCAUCCUGCGGUCGGCCUUCACCACCGUCCUCGCCCAGCGCGAGGCCGAGGCCGCCGAGCGCCGCGCCGCCGAGGCCGCGGCCGAGGCGGAGGAGCGCGAGCUGCUGACAGUCGGGUCCAGCAACGGCCGCUACUACUGA